AUGGUAUCAUUGUACAAGUAUGCAAUUUCUUAUGGAUGGGCGUCCUUGUAUCAUCCUAGUGGGGCUUCAAAAUGUCACACCAUUCUAUACAUUACCACUCUUUCGUUAGUAUGGGUGGAGCGCAGAGAUAUCUAUAGUGGAUGUAGUAGUUCGCAAAGAUGGGCCCAUUCAGAAUGUGUUGUUCGACGUAUACUUGGACCUGUGGUUGAUAGAAGUGUUUAUCUUCAUCCUAUUAGAAUGGAUCAAGAAGCAGAUCCAAAGAUUGUCGCUAACGAGACUAAGCUGCAAAAGAUAAAGCAAAUAUUCAUGGAAAUGAUAGACAAAUUGACUUCAUAUAUGAAUGCGGGCAAGAGCAUAGGCCUAAUAUUGAAUACCCUUGAUUCCUACUUUGAGUUCUUACUUCUUUUGACACCGCCAUCUCAUCACUUCCUAAGAGCACAGAUCUUUCAUCUGCAAAAUCUGAGAACAAGGCACCUCUUAUCUGAAAAGAUAAAACUCAUUAGCUUGAAGACGAAAGGAAUCAAAGAAAGAAGAGAGACAUUUUCUCUUCCGAGUACAUCACAUGAACAUGAAUAUUUGGGAGGGCAUGCCUGGAGACUUGAUGCUCUAUUUGUCCAGGACACUGGGGUGGUGGGAAUCGAUGAUUCCAAGAGCCAAUUAUCCACCUUGCUUAAUGUGGAAGAUAAGAAUCUAUUUAUUGUCACCGUGGUAGGGAUGGGGGGCGUAGGAAAGACGACUCUGGUAAAGAAAGUCUACGAGAGUCGAGCAGUAAAGGAGAACUUUGAUUGCCGAGCUUGGAUAACCGUUUCUCAGUCAUUUACUAUCCCGGGACUUCUCCGAGCUUCCUUGAAGAGUUUUAAAGGAGAAUUAAAAGAAGGGUCCGAUGAUGAAGAAUGGCUGAUCAACACACUGAAUAAUUAUCUGCAACAAAAGAGAUACAUUAUUGUGCUGGAUGAUAUUUGGAGCGUUGGGGCGUGGAAUUCAGUUAGAUACGCAUUUCCUUGCUGCUCGUGUGGGAGUAGGAUUAUAUUCACUACACGUAACAGCGACAUAGCCUCCUCAACCGAAACUACUAAUCGAAUUUUCAAUCUUAAUCCUUUAUCUAAUGAAGAGUCUUGGAUCCUCUUCUGCAAAAAAGCUUUUCGAGGAGAAGAAUACAAAAGCGUUUGUCCGGAAGAGAUGCACAAUAUCUCUUGGAGCCUCAUGAAAAAGUGCGGAGGGCUGCCUCUAGCCGUUGUAGCCCUUGGGGGUUUGCUGGCUACAAAGGAGAAGCAGGUUCUGGGAUGGAAGAAAAUUCUGGAAAGCCUAUCUCCCAAAACGAGAAUCAUCACGGGACUUGAGAGUCUAGAGAGUAUAUUGCUACUAAGUUUCAACGACUUGCCAAAUAGUCUAAAAUGUUGUAUCUUUUAUACAAGCAUGUUUCCGGAAGAUCAAGUCAUCAAAAGAUCCAGGCUCAUUCGCUUAUGGGUGUCUGAAGGAUUCGCCGAAGACAAACUGGUAGGAUAUACCCGCGAAGAGGUUGCUGAGGGCUACCUAAUUGAACUGGUUAAUAGAAAUAUGGUUCAAAGUGUUUCGAAAAACUUUUUCAACUUCACGAUGUAA